AUGAAUACUGUAGCUGAUGAACCAGUUGAAGGUCAUAGUAGCACAGAUAAACCAAGGGAGUCAAUCAUUACCCCUCAGUCUCAAGAAUCAAGUGAAAAUUCAAGUGAGUAUGAAACUGAUAAAGCUGAUUUGGAUGACACUUUUCGGCCUCCGAGACACUUAAUACAGCAAGACGAACAGUCCAGUAACAUGACCCUCAGGCCUCGUGACAAAAUUCACAAAGAUAGAAAGGGAUUAUUCUGUUUUUAUAAUAAUGUUACAAACCCACAGAACGUAGGGGAAGCUUUAUCAUCUCCACACGUCAAUGAAUGGAAAAAGGCAAUGGAUGAGGAAUACAAUUCUUUGAUGGAAACUCAAACAUGGCAGCUUGAUGACUUACCUGCUGGCAAAAAGGCAUUACCAAACAAAUGGGUAUUUAAGACGAAGACCGACCAGCAAGGAAAUAUUAUGCGAUACAAAGCGAGACUUGUCAUAAAAGGUUAUGAACAAAAGAGGGGCAUAGAUUAUCAAGAAGUUUACUCUCCAGUGGUAAGAUAUACUUCUAUUCGUUAUUUGUUUGCUAUUGCAGCACAAUGCAAUCUACACAUUGAUCAAAUCGAUGCUGUCACUGCAUUUCUUCAGGGAGAUAUAGAUACCGAGAUAUAUAUGCUACAACCAGAAAUGUAUACUAAAGGAAAUAAAGUUUGCCAUUUGCUGAAAUCUAUUUAUGGGCUCAAACAGGCAAGUAGACUGUGGAAUAUCAUAUUAUGUAAAGUUCUAAAGGAACUGGGAAUUGAGCAAUCAAAGACUGAUCCAUGCAUUUAUUAUGAUAAUAUAAAGAAAAUUUACAUAGCAGUGUGGGUUGAUGAUUUAAUUAUAUUUAGCUCUCAACUAGAAUAUACCAAAGAGUUGAAGGACAAGUUAUGCAAAAAAAUUAAAUAUGAAGGACCUUGGUCAAGCCAAACAAUGUGUGGGCUUGAAUAUAACUAG